GUCCUGUUCCCUCUGUGUGCGCCUGGACACGGGACGCGCCAGUGACUCCAUCAGGAACCGCGCAGGAGAAUGCACUCCGACGGAGGCAUCUGAUCCACCUGUAUCCAUCUUCACAAACCCCCCUCCCCAAAAAAACAAUUCCACGGGUGAUGCUUUUGUGAGUCUAAACACUACUUUCAAGUCAAAAUGGCAGAUAAGGAUAGCGUGGAGAAAUACCUGGAGAACAACCCGCAGUUCGCCAAAGAGUAUUUCGACAAGAAGGUGCGCGCCGAAGCCCUGUCCGCCGCCUUUUCCACCACCCUCGACAUCAAGGAUACGGCCUCGUUCAAGGAUGUUAACUCCGUGCAAGAGGCCGCCAUCAUCUUCGAGCUGGUGCAGGAGAUGCAGAAGCAGGAUUCCGUGGAGAAGUCCAUUCACAAAGUGUUGCAGAGGGUCGCCCUCAUCCUGCAGGCCGACAGGGUCAGCUACUACGGGUGCCGAGCCAGGAACGGAACACCUGAGCUCGCCACUUGUCUCUUCGACGUGACUCCGACAUCCAAAUACGAAGGGAACCUGGUCGAUCCGCAGGCUGAAAUUGUGUUCCCAAUCGAGAUGGGGGUUGUUGGUCACACUGCGCAGUCCAAAAAGCCGCAAAAUGUUCCUGACGUCUCAAAGAAUCCAAAGUUCUGUGACUUUGUGGACAAACAGACUGGGUACAAGACCAAAUGCAUGCUCACGUUCCCCUUGUUGGCCGACAAAGAGUGCCUUGGAGUCGUCAUGGCACUAAACAAAAUAGGAGCCGAUAGCUUCACUAAAGAGGACGAGACGCUCUUCCACAAGUACAUGAACUUUGCUCAAGUCAUCGCCCUGCAGCAUUACACAAACUACAUGUUCAAUGUGGAGUCCAGAAGGAGUCAGGUGCUGCUCUGGUCAGCCAGUAAAGUGUUUGAAGAGUUGACAGACAUUGAGAGACAGUUCCACAAAGCGCUCUACACUGUAAGGACCUAUCUACAAUGUGACCGAUACUCAGUGGGCCUGCUGGACAUGACCAAAGAGAAGGAAUUUUAUGAUGAAUGGCCGGUGAAACUUGGAGAUGUGGAACCUUACAAAGGACCGAAAACACCAGACGGCAGGGAAGUCAACUUUUACAAGAUCAUUGACUACCUCCUGGAAGGCAAAGAAGAAAUCAAAGUCAUACCUGGUCCACCUGCAGAUCACUGGGCUCUGGUUAGCGGACUACCAACCUACGUUGCAGAGAACGGCUUUAUUUGCAACAUGAUGAACGUGGCUGCAGAUGACUACUUCACUUUCCAGAAAGAGGCCGUGGAUGAGACGGGUUUUGUCAUCAAGAACGUCUUGUCGCUGCCAAUCGUCAACAAGAAGGAAGAAAUUGUGGGCAUCGCAACUUUCUUCAACAGGAAAGAUGGCAAACCGUUCGAUGAGCACGAUGAACAGAUCACUGAGGCCCUGACACAGUUCCUGGGGUGGUCAGUGCUGAACUGUGAUACUUAUGACAAGCUCAACCGUAUGGAGUACAGGAAAGACAUUGCCCAGGAGAUGCUCAUGUACCAGACCAGAUGCACCAAUGAUGAGAUGCAGUCCAUUCUGAACACCAAAGAGAAAUUUGAUGCAGAACCUGAAGACUGUGACCAGAAAGAGAUGUACAAGCUAUUGAGAGCAACCUGCCCGCCAGCUGACAACGUCAACGGAGAGAAUCUGUACCUGUUCUCCUUCAGUGACUUCCCCGUUUCAGAGUUCGACCUUAUCAAAGCUGGUAUCCGCAUGUUCUUUGAGCUCGGAGUUGUCGAGAAGUUUAAAGUUCCUGCAGAGACACUGACCAAGUGGAUGUACACUGUGAGGAAGGGUUACCGUGCCAUUACCUACCACAACUGGAGGCAUGGUUUCAAUGUAGGCCACACCAUGUUCUGCCUACUUCAGACAGGGAGGCUGAGGAAGUACUACUCCGAUCUAGAUGCCUUCGCCAUGGUGGCUGCUGCUUUCUGCCACGAUAUCGACCACAGAGGGACCAACAACCUCUACCAGACAAAGAGUGCACAUCCGUUGGCCAAACUUCAUGGCUCCUCCAUCAUGGAGAGGCACCAUUUGGAGUACAGCAAGACGCUCAUGGCAGAGGAGAGCUUGAACAUCUUCUGCAACCUCCAGAAGCGCCAGUUUGAGACCGUCCAGCACUUGUUUGACGUCUGCAUCAUUGCCACGGAUCUGGCUCUUUACUUCAAAAAGAGAACCAUGUUCCAAAACAUUGUGAAUGCCACAGAGCCAAUGCCAGAAGAAAAGGAGGCCAUUUCUUACAUCUCCAACAACCCCAUCAGGAAGGAAAUUAUCAUGGCCAUGAUGAUGACAGGUUGUGACUUGUCAGCCAUCACCAAGCCCUGGGAGGUACAGAGCAAGGUGGCUCUGAUGGUAGCAGCUGAAUUCUGGGAACAGGGUGAUUUGGAGAGAACAGUUUUGGAUCAACAACCAAUUCCCAUGAUGGACAGAAACUGUGCCGAGCAGCUACCCAAGAUGCAGUGUGGUUUCAUCGACUUCGUGUGCUCAUUUGUAUACAAGGAAUUCUCGAGGUUCCACAAAGAGAUCCAGCCCAUGUUUGACGGUCUGAACAACAACAGGGCGCACUGGAAUGAGCUGGCCGAGGUGUACAAUGCAAAGAUGAAGGCCAUUGAGGACGAGAAGAAGAAGCUAGAAGAAGAAGAAGCCAAGAAAGCUGGUGGCGGUGAAGGAGGGAAGUCAAAAACCUGCACCAUCUGUUAAGUUCACCUGGUGUUUGGAUCUGGACUCACGUGGUCUGUUUAGGACUAAUCUAGACAACUCUAGUCUGUUCUGGUCUGACAAUUCUUCUUGUUGGAUUUUAUCCUUGGUCUUGUCUCAUCUGCGCCAUUGUAGUUCUUUGGUUACUUGCUUUCCACUUCGGUGCUGACCAGUCCAGCCCUAUUUGGCCUGGAAUGGUUCAGUAUAGCCCACUAGUGAAGUGUAGUCAGGUCUGGUCUGCAGUGCUGGUCUGGAUCAGACCAGCCUAACUAUUCUUCAAGGAGGGAAGAAAAAGUCGGAAACUUCAUUGGAAUGUUUGGACUCUGACUGCAAGAGAAGAUGUUUGACUGAAGAUGUGUUUGAUUCUUCCUGCUUCCUCUGCUUUCUACAACGUACAGCCAUGAACAUUUGAAAAGCGAAACAUUUAUCGUAGUGAGAAUCCAAAGAUUUCUGACAUGGUUUGGAACCAUGAUUGGAAAAACUCAUAAGCUAGUCAUGGAAGUUGUGUGAUGAAAGUCCUUCCUGUUUGUAGUUGAAGUAGGUUACUGCAUGAGCUUCAUGUGGGGUGUAUACAUGCCAAAGCUGUAGCAAUCUGACAGUGUUCCUAUUGGCAGUCUGUUAACACACAGUACUGUAGGUUGCACAAUGCACUUAGCUGCUGCUGUUUAAGCAGUGGCAGGCCUGAACACAGGGAGGGAGAGCAGGCAGGAAAAAUAACUACCUGACUUUAUAUAAUAACUACAGGAACCAGAGGAAGGGGUUAAAACCUAGGAUGUUAACAGUUAAAGUAACAUAUAAUGAAAUGUGAAAUGAAUUCCUUCAGCACAAGAACUGCAAUUUGAAGGAUCUUUUAAUGCUGUAACAGAGACACCACAGCGAUAAAAUCAACAAGGGCUCAUGUUCUCUUACCUCAAAAUGUGUGAGGGAUAUAUCUAUUUUAAUAUGCAAUUUAUCACUAUACAAGUAUAUUUUUGAUUCAUCUUUGAGUAUUUUGUACUUGAAGUUGAUGGAGAGUUUGAGAGGAGCUUUUAAAGAGGGCAUUCAGAAUCUGUUGACAAACUUGCGCUGAAAUCAUACUCAGGCAUUGUGAAGAUGAACUGAAUGUGGGAAACAUUUAUUGUCAGCUUUUAUCACCACCUUUAAGCUGUGUUUUUGACGUGGAGAAACGCAAAAAUCUCCCAAAUGUCUUUUAAAUAUGCAUGAUUUCACUUGUAUAUAGUUUAUGACAUAGAAGUGAUAAAAUGUAAAUUGUAUAAACUUAAUAACUGAGGUGUAAAAAAAAAAAAUAUUUGAAGGUUGUAAAAGCAAUGUUUGCUUCUUCUAAGCAGCCAAGAGUCACAGUCAAACAGUACAGUAGAUCUACCUCUCCUGUAAGAAGAUUUGAUAGGAUUUGAUCGCCAGCCAGUGUUUGAGAUCCACACAGCUUUAGACUUUAAAUACCCUUCUUACAAAGGAGACAAAUGAGGCUACCAAAGCCUUAUCAUAUGUACAUACAGAUGACUUGUGUUUGAAAAGAUGCAACUAUAGCAUCCUUGAUUGUGUCAUGGUACGGGCCAAAGUUGUUUGCUUCGCCCUUCACUGAUCUGAACAUUUUAAACCUCUCCGUGUAAAACCUACAUUGAACUUAUCUUGUCAGGAAUCUGAGUUCACAGUGCAACCCCCAGUGCACCUUCUGAAACACUUUUAGCAAUGUCCCUCUGGGGCAAAAGCAGGCUGUGGCUCUCGGCUUCCUGUUAUGCAAUGUAUCUCCUCUAAUCAAUGGGGCAUCAAUCAAAGGCACUUAAUCCUAUCAGAAUGGCUUUGGGACUUCCUGGAAACUCCUUGUCUGCUGCUUGAGAGGCAAAGUGAGGACCUGUUAUAAUCGCUAGAGCCAAAACUGCCCCCCCCCAAAAAAACAAAACAAAACAAAACAAAACAAACAAACAAACAAAAAAAAUCCACUGAAUCCAACCCUGAGUGAUAUGUUUCCAGGAUUUUACCAGGGAUUUACCUCAUUGUUCUCUCUGCACACAUUUUGUAUGAAUGUCUUCACCACCAGUUCUGUCUCCAGUGAUAAAAAUGGCCUCUCUUUUUCCUCUGAAUCCUUUGUGAGAUGCAAAAUAAUGCACUGUAUACUUUCUACUUAUCCCAUAAACCAUCAUUCAGACAUUAGAAAUCUAAACUGUGAUGUAUGAAAUGACCUCUACUGUAUGUAUGUGUCAUGAGAUGUAUCGUAUAAGCAAAUAAAGGAAUUUAUGGAGGUGUAAGAACAAAGACAAUUACAGUUUCUAAAUAGGAAAAUGGAAUAGCACACAAAGGUGAAACUUUAUCUCUUGUUUGCACUUGACUCAAGCCCAUGAAGGUUAAACAGAGAAUGAACGUAAGAAUCCGUGAGCUUAGCUGCAACAGCGCUCGCUCUUAGUCAUAUAUCGUGCGGGAUCUUAGAGGCUCCAAAGCUGGAUGAGCCUCUGGGGAAAGAGGAUCAUUGGAUUGGUUCUGAUCCCUGCCCGAUACAAUGCUGCUCCUAUGGCCCGUUGUCUGCAGAUUCUGCAUGCAGAAGACUGGAGGAUGUGUGCCGCUGUUUCAUCAUCCAAACAAGCAUAAUAAUAGGAAAAAAUUAAGAAUAACAAUGCUGCAAUGGUGCAAUCCAACAUAUGCGUAUAGAGUUCAGGGUGUUGCUAAGACCUCCCCUGACAAGAAGGAAUACUUGACAAGAAGAAAACAAGCCCUAUAAUCUAUCAUUUAGUGGGACACUUCAGGCUGUCGACCCCUGCAUCGACAUGACUGUUCAUUCCCCAAACUAUUUUGGGGUCAGUGAGUGCAGAGCUGGCUCCCUCCUCAGUCGGUUCUCUUCACAAGACCCAUAAUUCUGCUGUUGAAGACCCCCUCUACUCAAAAAUGUUUUUCUCAUUAUUGCUUCACUUGGAUGUUUGAACUUCAGUGUGAAGAAUGUAGGUUGUUUCCAAAAAUUUUAAGUGUCUAAGUUGAAGACAUGCAAGUAUGAGCUGGUUCGAAAAUGCACCUUACAGAAGUGUGACGAAAAAACUACUAGUUAACCUUAUUUACAAACGAAUACUUACUGAUUCUGGAUUCUUCAGUGAAGGAGAGAAAGUGAAUGUAAUUUUUACCUUUUUUUAAUUUCGUACAAGUCUAGUUUUUUGGUGAAAAACCACAUCUGUAUCUCUCUUAUCUUUAUAUUUGAACUCUUAAUUUGAAAAUCUUGUUGCUAUGUGGGAUUUAUAAAUUCCUGCAAGGAUAUUUGUAAAAGCCUGUGUAGAAUUUUUAUCCCUAAUAAAGCAAAGCAAAACAACA